GUCUGCGCUGCAUCUCUCAGAGUAAAGUGGCGGUCCUGCUGCUGGCUGGGGGCCAGGGAACCAGACUGGGGGUCUCUUACCCCAAAGGCAUGUACGACGUGGGGCUGCCGUCCCACAAAACCCUCUUUCAGAUCCAGGCCGAGCGCAUAUUGAAGCUGCAACAGCUGGCUGAGCAGAAGCACAAAACCAACUGCUGUAUUCCCUGGUACAUCAUGACCAGCGGCCGGACAAUGGAGUCCACCAAGGACUACUUCUCACGACAUAACUAUUUCGGCUUGAACCAGAACAACAUCAUCUUCUUUCAGCAGGGCAUGCUGCCAGCCAUGGACUACAACGGCAAGAUCAUCCUGGAGAGCAAAGCAAAGCUCUCCAUGGCCCCUG